CUCUGGACUUUUUGGGCCCAAGGUGAAUCAGCUCAAGAGGGGCUGCUGGCCACAGUGGGCAGGACUGGACCCUCAGGGAACUCUCCACAUGGUGAGUGCCCCAUACAGGGUUCUGUGAUACCUCACUUACCUCAACUUUUGGACAUGCUUGUCCAAAAGCAGGAGGGGCCAGCCAGGGAAAUUUGGUACAGGAUAUGCUGGGGGGGACUGCAAGACACCCCCACCCUUUCUUCCCAAGGGACACACAGUGAAGAAUGGAUGCACUGCUCCCUCUGGAACAUUUCAAGUUUUUUUUUUUUUUUUUCCUUGUCUAAGUGCCUGUAAGUUUUCCAUUGAGUUGGGUGGCUCAGUGCCCAGGCCAUAUCUCAAAGGGACUGGCAGGGAAAAAAAACUUAACUGCUGCCUGGGAGCCUACCCAGCACACCAAAGUAAGGCUCUGAGGCUAAGUGGCCUCUUUAGUAACCCUCUCCCCCACCAGUUUUCCCUCUCAUCUCUUAAUCAGUGGGCUCUGUCUAUAUUCCCUUGUCUGCCCCUCACCCUCACCCCCACCCCAGGUCAGGCUGCUUCCCCUUAGGUGGGGAUGCAGGCACAUUUAAUUAGCCUCUAGACCAGGACCUGGCUAGGAUUCAUGCCACCGGCUUCCAGCAGCCUCUGUGCAGCCUGAUUUGGGAAACUAGUCCCAGACCUGUAUUUGGGAAGUUGAGGGGUCUCAUCAGGACUCCUUCCUGGUUGGCUUUUUAGUUUAAUUGUAUUUUUUUUUUUUUUUUGUGAUCCCAGGGGUUGAACCCAGCGCCUCCCUCAUGCUAGGCAAGUGUUCUGUCACUGGACUACAUCCUCCCCUCCCCUCCAUGCUGCCUGGGUCUGUUAAUGGUCCAAAGACCCUCCUCUCUGAAAGGCUCCAGGGAUAUCUGGCCAAGGCUGUUGCCUAGUGGCCUGGGUGUCACCUUCACACUGGGCUUCUGGAAGCAGAAGCAUGCAUUCCUGGUAAGGUGGUGGGGAGGGACGAGUAAGAUAUGCCAAAGGCAAACAGAAGGCCAAGAGGCUGAGGGAGACCUGUGUCCCCUUUGUUUCAAAGCAGAGCAAACAAUGAGUCCCCAGUGAAUGCCAGGAUGGCAGGCCCUGGGAUUGGGUGGCUUCUCUCCUGUUUAAGGUUAGAUUCUCUGUCCAGCAGCACAGAACUAAGAGCAUGCUGGGCAGAGGAGCAAUGAGUACGGCCUGGUGGUCAAAGGCGUAAGUCCUGUCAAGCGCAUUUUUAGGGGGAAGCUGACCCACUACCUGCCAUAAACAGCUGGGCCAGCGCCCUUGGAGAAGAGCCUCGAAGCCCUAAAACUGGACCAGGAGAACAGGCAGUACAGUACGCAGCGGCCUAGCCGGCCCCUAGGCAGAGGACGAGAGCCCUGCAUCUCCGACUCCACCCAGGGUCUUUGGCCCAGUCAGCUCCGCCCCCGAAGGGAGAAGGACAGAGCGAGAGAGUCUUUCCAGCCAGAACCGGAAGCCCCUCGGAAAAGGUUCCUGCCCACUGUGCGCAAUGACGCACUUCCUGUCUGAGGCAACUGCUGUCCUCACUGGUUCCGGCAGGCGGCGCUAGAGCUACGGCGGGCCGGUAGCCCUAGAGCAUUGUGGGAAUCGCAGUCCUGGCUCCGCCCCUUUCUGUGAUUAACGCUGCGGUGGUUUCCGGGGCCGCUCCGGACACCAGAAAGUGGGAGAUGUAGUUCUUCGGGCAAGGAAGCCGCGGCACGCGGGCAGCACAGGACUCUGCUUCCCAGAGGGCCGUGCGUGUGUGGGCGGGGAGCGCGGCCUAAGAGUUUUGGCUUCCGGAACCCGCAACCAGCGAAGUGCCGGCCGCGAGGAGCGGCAUCGGAAAGAGUCCACAAGACUCUGGAUCCGGAGGGGACAGCGUAAGCUGUUGCGCCCCGCAGCUUCAGUGUGACGCCCUGCCGGGAGGCUGCGCAUCCAACCUAGGGCGCCCGGCGUUGUACUGUACACUGUACCGACCGCGCGAUUCGCGCUUUGUACCCUCCAGUUCAGCGUGGCCCUCUGCUAGCUGCAACGAGCUCCACGCAGGCCACUUGGCUGUGUUAUCUCUCCCCGGAGACCAUUGUCGGCAUCAGACAAGGCCCCACCCAGCAAGCAGCUCCACCUCUCGGCCUGAGGACAUACCCUUCCCACUGAGGACCUCCAUCAGGGCUCCUCCGCCCAACUAGCCAGGGUUCCACUGUGCACCAGAGGCCCGCAGCACACCAGGUGACAGGAGGCCCUUCGAGGACAAACUCUCCGUGUGGCUUGGCCAGAGGAAACAUGGCUAAGGCAGGGUCAGGCGAGCCCUGCCCUGGCUUGGAGCCUGAGCAAGUGACAGAGAAUGACAUCCUGCCUUCUGACUCCAUCUCUCUUAGUGACUCAGACUCAGAUCUCAGCUCGCCAGGUGGUGCCGAGGUGGAAGCACUGUCUCCAGAGGUACUGUCUGGGGAGGCCCAGGAGGACCCAGAGCUCGAAGAGCCCCCUUCGCCCCCUGCAGGCACUCCCACCACAGCGGUGCAGCCAUUCCACCUUCGAGGCAUGAGCUCUACCUUCUCCCAGCGAAGCCACAGCAUCUUUGAUUGCCUGGAAGGGGCAGCCAGGCAGGUGCCACCCUUUGCAGCCCAAACCAGCAUGAGUGACAAUGGUGACUUCAAGCGGCCUCUGGCACCCUCAAGCCAGCCUCCAGCAGGGGGCCUAGGCAGGGCCCAUGGGAGACCUAACCCUCCAAGGGUAGCCCCUGUCCCUGACUAUGUGGCACACCCUGAGCGCUGGACCAAAUACAGCUUGGAGGACGUGGCUGAGGCCAGUGAGCAGAGCAAUCAGGCCGCUGCCUUGGCUUUCUUGGGCUCCCGGAGCCCCACAGUUCCCACUGACUACAAGCCCUCCUUCAACCAGGAUCCCUCCAGCUGUGGUGAAGGAAGAGUGGUUUUCACUAAGCCAGUCCGGGCCAGCGAGAUCAGACCUGAGAGGAAAAGGGUCCUGACAAAAGGGGACUCGGGGGGUGAGGGCCCUGUAGAGCUGACCCACUUGGCAGGGUUUGGAGGUCCAGAGGCUGAGGAAUGGAGCAGCCCCCAGGGAUUGCAUGAAGUGGUGAAGCUUUCAGGGGCUGCCCACACUGGGACCUCACUGGGCCCCCCAGGGGCAGAGACAGUUGGCUUCCAUGUCAGCAAGAAGCGAAGCAGAGAGCAUUUCCGGAACAGGGGCAGCAGCCCUGAGGGUCUGGGGUCUGAGAAAGAACACCCAGCCUGACCACCCCACCAGGCUGCAGGCAGGGCUGGCCAGAGUCACUGCCACUGGGAUGGCAGGUGGGGCAUCCCCUUUGGAAGGAAGCCAGUGGGCUACCUGUAGGAGGCGGCAGCAGCCCUGAGCGUCCAUCUCCAGAGCAGAGACCUUCCCUGGACCUGGAGGAGGGUGGGAGUGGGCAGGGACAUCAGAAGCCCUGCCUCCCGGAUGUCCAUCUUGGGGAAAUAAAGAUUUAGGGUCUUUCUCCA